CUUGCAAAACUGCAAAAAACAGAACUCGAAAAAAAAAGGGGCUCGAAGGUUACCAGUUCCCCACCUCUUGUGCUAUGGGUUGUUUAUUUGGACUGGGGUGGCUUGUUCUCUUGAUAGCAGCUGUAAACACAGAGGCUCAAAAGAAGUCCUCUAUAAAUAUCAGCUCAAAAUGCCUGGGGAACAUCAUGCGUGUGGAUGUUGGGCCACUUGGAGGGAAGCUUCUUGAAGUUGCUGUUGUCAUAAAUAACUCUGCCAUUACUCUUACACCAAGUUUAGCAUCUCAGUGUGGCUUCAGCGUGAAGAUGGACCAGCUGGGGAAUGCCAUGAUUUAUGCCUCCCUUCAAAACUGUUUUGCUCAAAAUGUGGAAGAUGAAGUAUUCACAACAACAUUAAAUCUUCGACUGCAUGGGAACUGGAUGGUUGAAGACGAGCUGUACCAGGUGGCUGAAACCUGCCACCACUCUGCCUGGGCCUCCAGGGAAAUUGUCUGUGACCGUAACUAUAUGGAGGUGUCUGUGAAAAGAGCAGCUCCCGGUGAUUAUGUCCUGCCUGAACAUCCUUUCCCAGGGGGUAAUUCAAAGUUUGGUGAUCCUCGACGAGCUGCAGAGAAAACUCCCAUAGAUACCGGAUUCAGAAUCACAACACUCGUGUUCUUCACCCCUGAGGAGAAGGUUAUGACGGUGACUGAGGCCCAGAGAAGCGGUUACGGGAUUGCAAACACUCCUUCAAGGCUGGUCCUGCGAAGCCCAAAGGCAACACCUGAAACAUACACACAGAAUGUAGCAGGGGUGCCUAUGACUGUGCUCAAAACCUCUACAAUCUUUGAAAAGAAGUGGCUGGCGACUCAAAUCGAUGCAGCAGCUGCCUGUCCAGUGCUGGAGGGCAGUGUUUCCUUCACUCCAAACACAAUCACCUGGUACCUUCCCCGGCACAUUGACCCGCUGAUUUCCUCCGGACAGCCAAAACUACUGGAGGUGCACAUGGGCAUAGAUGGCCAGAGACUGGACGCUGCUGCGAUGGCUGCCAGACAAUACUCCUUAUCAAUCAAUGACGUGCACAUCGUCAUUGAAAUUCCUGUUGGGGCUUUCGGUGGCUACUUUAAGUCUCAUAUUCAGGAUGAUCAGUACUUCACCUCUUACACGAUUGAGCCGAUGCUCGAGUUGCUCUGGACUGAAGACGCUACUCAUGAAGACACCAGAUACAAAGUCCUCCUCCCCAUCACAACACUGCCACUGUUUAGACCUCCACAAGUUAUUGACAACACUGUCCCAGGGGAGCGGAUAUUUAAGGUGCUGCUUGGGCCCUUUGGCUCAGACGUGGCACUAAUGAACAUCACCUUCCCCUCUGAGGUUUUGUCUGUGGAAGACUGCAGUGUCAGAGGCUUUAGAGUUCUGGAGCACAUGUCCCAUAACAGCAGCUCAAAGGUCUUCACACUUGAAGUGCCCUUCACGGACCCUGUCGUACUACAAACGAGAGACAUGGGGAUGGCAGUGUACUCACUCCACCUGACCUUUGGUUUGAUGGUCCUGCCAGAGUUUGCACCAUUUUCACACACAGCUUAUCUGGAAGCUAAAUUAGUAGACAUAGUCCCUCCUUCUGUCUCUGGUGGAUGCGAUUAUCAAAACUUCUAUGUCCUUGUGAAAUACGGGACCCAGGGCUUCAACUUUCAGACUGUGGUGGGAAAACAAAUGUUGACCCCAGGCCUGGCUCAGCAGUAUGGCAUCAUGGAGAACGGCACACACUUGAGUUUCGUGGUGUCGUUUUCAGCCCCUGAUGUUGUGUUUGAGGCAGUUGAGUCGUUGUCCAUCAGGAGCAGACUUGACGUGGUUCUGAAGAAUCCGGAAACCAACAAAAACAUCAAAGAAUUUUCUUUAGCUUGCGAUUUCCCCUCCACACUGAUUGAGUGUUUUCCUAAUGGAACCAUGACGGCUCUGGCUGUGAAACUGGAGUCUGUUCCCAGUCUGAACCCCAGUCAGCUCACCCUCAGAGACCCAAGCUGUGGCCCCUCCUACAGCGAUGACCGCUACGCUUACUUUGUCUUCACUGCAAACUCCUGUGGGACAACCCGAAAGUUUUUUCCCAACGUGAUGCUGUAUGAAAAUGAAAUCUCCCUGCCAGAUGAACUUCCUCUGACAAAGAAAUCAGAAACAGAGGAGCCUGAGUAUGAGUUAAAGAUUUCUUGUUACUAUGACAUCAACACAACCCAAGCCGUAGCCUUCCACACCAGACCUCGCAGGAGUGAACCUUAUGCUGAAAAUGCAAAAGGCGAGCUGCAGGUUGCAUUGAGACUUGCUCUGGACGACUCCUAUAGCGUGUUUCAUGGAGCUGAGGACCAUUCUAUUCCAAAGUACUUACAAGAGCCACUGUAUUUUGAGGUUGAGCUGAUGAGGUCUACAAAUCCUAGAGUAUCGCUGGAACUGGAGAACUGCUGGGCGACGCAGAAUGACAACAGGACGUCCAAACCGAGAUGGAACCUCAUCAUUGACGGCUGUCCAAACCCAGUAGACCCAUACCAGGUGGUCUUCCAUCCUGUUUGGGUUGAUGCCAGAGUUCAGUUUCCUUCUCACUUCAAACGCUUUGAGGUCCAGAUGUUUGCCUUUGCUGAAGAUCAGGAUAACUUGAGUCCUCAGCUCUUUGUCCACUGUGAUGUGGUGAUCUGUGAUGCCAGAAAUCCAUUGGGUGGAGUUUGUAAUGGGCAGUGUUCAAACCAGGAAAACAGGAUAAAAGGUCAAAGACGUGCCAUUUCAGAUGUACACAGUUUCAAAACUGUGUCAUUGGGACCCAUAGUUAUAAAUUAA